AUGUCCUUCAACGAAGCGUGCGAGUCCCCAGACUUCAAAAAGUGGCUUGUCGUCACCCUCGAGCCUCUUGCAGAGCCCUUGACCGGUUUAAACGUCUACAGCGAAGCUGAGAAUCUGUCUUUAUCGCAGCUAACAGCCAGUUGUGACGCCGAUCCCGACGUGCUCGCCGAUUACAUCAUCGCGCUGCUGAAGCAUGACAGCAACCAGGAUGAGGCGAGCUGGAAGACGUACAUGAAGACGGAGCUCGAGGAGUUCCUCGGCGCGCAGACCGAGCCGUUUGUUAACGCCUGCUUCGAUGUCAUCCAGACGAAAGCCUACAUGCCCGGAGCCGCCCCUGCUGCGCCGGCCGAGGCGCUGAUGGCGGCUGAGCCUCAGCCCGGCCCGUCAAGAGAUACCGAGAUGACGGACGUGUCGAACGGCCUCCCGCAACCGCCCCAGCAGCAGCAGCAGCGUCGCCCGAGGUGCCGCGACUAUCAUGAGAAGGGAUACUGCAUGCGCGGCGCGGCGUGUCAGUACGAGCACAGCGACGACGUGAUCAUUCCUACGCCCGAGAUGAUGUUCGCCCAGAUGGCGCCGAUGAUGGGCAUGCAGCCUGGGCAGUUCGGUGGACGUGGCGGUCGUGGGGGACGAGGAGGGCGUGGACGCGGCCGCGGAGGAAUGGGCAUGCCCUUCUUCCCCGGCGGUCCGAACAUGCACGCCGCGAUGCCGCCUCCAGACUUCAUGGGCACCAGCCGCCCGCCAUCCGACCGUAACGGCACGACGCUGCUCAUUUCUGACAUUCCGCCGCAGCACCUGACGAUGGGCGCUCUGACGGAGUACUUCGGGCAGUUUGGUGACGUGACCAACGUCGCGAUCGAGGGCAAGAGCAAGCGCGCGCUCGUUUCGUUCGCGACAAACCGCGAGGCGUACCAGGCGUGGAAGAGCGACGAGGCGGUGUUCGGCAAUCGACACGUGAAGGUGCUGUGGCACCGUCCGCGGGCCGGCCACGGUGAGGCGGGCCAGAAGAUGCUGGAGCAGAGCGCCAAGCUCAUCGAGAACAUGAAGAAGCUCGAGCAGGGCGGCGUGAACCCGCAGGGCGACGUUGUUGCCAAGCUCGAGGGACCGGAGAGCCGGCUGCGGAAGACUCUUGUCGAGCUCGAAGCGAAGGAGCGCCGCGGAAAGCGCGAGACUCUGAUCGCGGAGCAGAAGGUGCUCUUCGCCCGUGCUGCUAGCGCCAGCCAGGAGGACAAGGUCGCCAUUCUGGGCCGGAUCAAGGAGAUCGCGAAGGAGAUGGAGGAGCUCGCAAAGCCGAGCCCGCCGCCCGCCGAGCCAACGCCAAAGGACAAGCUGGACGCCGAGCUCGCCGAGCACGGCAUGGAGACGGGCCCGUCGGACCAGGACGAGCUGCUGCGUCUGAACGCUCAGCUGAGCGCACUCCGCGAAAAGGCGAGCACGAUGGGCAUUCCCGCAACGCGGUACAGCCCCUAUGGCCGGGGCUCCCCCCGUGGCCGUGCCCGUGGACGCGGACGCGGGCGUGGCGGCUACGCCCGCCCGAUGCGUCUCGACAACCGCUCCUCGACUGUCAAGAUUGCGGGCGAGGCGCUCGGCUCGGAGCAGGGCCAGCAGGCCAUCAAGGAGUGGUACGAGAGCACGGGCGGAAGCCUCGCGCCGACAGACGACGGUGUGCUCGUCACGUACCCCUCGCGCGAGAUGGCUGAGAAGGCCCUCGCGCUCGGCACGAAGGACAUUCCCAACCUCUCGGCCCCGAUCAACGUGCAGUGGCACGCUGUGCCGAGUAAUGGCCUCGGGCAGGCUCACGAGGGCGACGGCGAGGUCGAGAUGGGCGGCGGCGAGGACGGCGAGGUGCACGAGCAGCGUGACCGCGAUAACUAA